AUGAUAAAAGGGGUAAAAAGGAUCUUUAAAAGAUGCAAAGCUUUCAUCCAAGACUCCAGGCUUAAGAGAAUAGAAAUAGGAACUGAUAUGCAUGGAAAUAUUUAUUACCAACACUAUGAUGAUCUUGAUUUUCCAACUAAAAGAGAAGUAGAGUACAAGGGCGACUGAAGGGAUGCAAUUAUGGAUCCAGUGUGGAGUCGGUGGCUCAAUGGGUAUGAUAUUCAACCUCCAAGCAAAGAUGAAAUAGAAAAUAGCUAUCAAUCUUAUCUCAAUAGGAAAAAGAUCGGAGAAGAGUGAGAUAAAAAGGACGAAUUAUUAAUGCAAAACUACAGAGAAGCCAUGAAAAAGAUUAGUUCUAUACGAAACGACAACAAAGAAUUUGUCCCAGAGGUUUGGACUCCACCUCAGCUUAAUAAAAAUAAGAAAUAUUAA